CCUUCAGAUUGUGGCUGCUUGUGCGCGCGUUGGUUCAGAGACCAGCGAGGGACGUGUGACGGGGACGCGCUUUGCUUUGAACAUGAACUGGGAGUGAACUCGGACCACCGCCUCACUGAAACUCGGAUCACCGGACUAAACACACCGGGUUUCUGUCCCAACCUGCAGCGGAUUCCUGCCAGUUUGGACCCUUCCAGCUGCGACUUUAUUGGCUUUACUUUUCUCCACAUCUGGAUAAACAUUUACUUCAAACCUGCUCUUCUUUGGAAGACUUAAAAGUAUUUUUUUCCUGCACCAAAGUGAGCCCCGCUUGUGUGCGCUGAAUGAACCUGUGCGUAAAAGCGCGUGCAGCAAAGCGCCUCGAUCUUGUCUGAAGACAAGAUUUGGUCACUUCUCAUAACACACGUGCUUCCUGCAGAGGAUGACAGUCAGAUGAGCGCAGAGCUCCUGUUCAGGUGGGUUUAACCCUCCGCUGCUGGAUGAGAUGCCACCAUGUCCUUUACGCACCGACUCGCUCUGCGCCUUCUCAUCUUCACCUUCAUCCUCACGGUUAACGGAAUGUUUUCUCCCUGCCAGUUCUACUGGGAAAUGCAGAAAGCAAAGAGUGACUGUCAGACACAGCUGCAGCAGAACCUUUCCACUCAUGCAGGAUGUCAUGGCGAGUGGGACAACGUUUCAUGUUGGCCGAGUGCAGCGGUCGGCGAUGUGCUGACCUUACGCUGCCCCACCCCCUUCCUGCUGUUUUUUCACAAGAACGGCAACCUCAGCAGGAACUGUACAGAGAGUGGCUGGUCCACCGUCUAUCCCGACUACAUCAUCACCUGCACGAGCACCUUAGAGACCCCAGAGGCAACCAAAAGGCUGGUCUUCUACAAGGCGGUGCAGAUUCUGUCCAAUCUGGGCCACAGCCUGUCAAUCAUCACUCUGCUAACCAGCACCAUCAUCAUCUGUUUGUUCAGGAGACUCCACUGCAUGCGGAACUACAUCCAUCUGAACCUGUUUGUGUCAUUCAUCCUGCGCGCUGUCGCAGUGCUCGUCAAAGACACCCUGCUCUUCUCGUAUGGCGAAACCACAGACUGCAGCAGACAACCCUCGCUGGUGGGCUGUAAGACCAGCCUGAUCUUCUUCCAGUACUUCAUCUUAGCUAACUUCUUCUGGCUGCUGGUUGAAGGUCUUUAUCUUCACAUGCUGCUGCUCGUCCUCCCCACCUACUCCUUCCGCCUCUCCAUCUACAUGCUCAUCGGCUGGGGAAUCCCUCUUGUGUUCAUCGUGGCAUGGAUCAUUUGCAGGAUAUACAUGGAGGACACGGGGUGUUGGGAGAUGAACAACACCCCCAUACCAAACAGAGUGAUCAACUGGCCCAUCAUGGCAUCUAUCAUUAUCAAUUUCAUCCUGUUCAUCAGCAUCAUCCGCAUCCUGGUGCAGAAACUGCGCAGCUGUGAUGUCGGCGGAAACGAUCAAUCCCAAUACAAGCGUCUGGCUAAGUCCACACUCCUGCUGAUCCCUCUGUUUGGGGUGUAUUAUGUGGUGUUUUUCUACCUGAUGGAACCGGAAAAUGAAAACGUGAAGCAAGUGAAGAUCUUCUUCGACCUCGGCCUCGGAUCAUUCCAGGGUCUAAUUGUAGCUGUUCUCUACUGUUUCCUCAACAGUGAGGUUCAGAGUGAGCUGAGGAGGACAUGGAAGUGUUUUUCUGUAAAGCGCUGCGUGGGACAGGACUUCAGGCUCCACAGCGUGAACCAAAAUGGUACAGAAAGCUCGACCCAGUGUUCUAGAAACUCCCGAGCCCAGUCCAUCCUGCAGACUGAGAUCACCGGGCUCUGAUCUGCGACACAAAUAGCUCGUUUUGUUAAAGACUUUGAGAACUGAUGCUUGUGUUCGGUCAGUGUGGAGGAAUUAUUCUUAACGUCGCUUUUAUAGACAUAUCGCCUGAUGCUGCAGGGACUGAACUUGUGGCUUGCAAACGGUUUUGAGGUGAAAGUCUUCUUAUUGGACCGUGAAGCCUCCUGGAGAUAUAUAUAUAGAUAUAUAUACAUAUAUUUUUUUCCACAUCACUGUGAGAUUUCACAAUGAUCUUUGACAUUUUUAAACACAUAACGUGCACAGAUGAAACAGUGCCUCCUAUAAUGUUUCCAGGACAACAAAUUGAUUUUUAUAAUUAUUCUCCAUAUCCAAGAAUGACUGACUGACUUUAAAAAAAGUUGUUUUCAAAUAGUUAAUGCACAAAUUAAAUCUUACAUAAAAAUACUAAAUCCAUAUUGGAGAAAUUAGCCAUACAGAUUUAUAUACCUGAAGGUAGAUGUAUACAGAAAUAUUCAUAUUUUAUGUUUAAUUAUAUAGGGCUGAUCUAGUUCUUCCUUUUAUAUAAGCUACACAGAGAGAGCACAGCAUAAUGUUGCCUAAUGCUUUACAGACUGUACAUUAUUUUAUUUUUUUCUAACUGAUAUGCAGAGGAUGCUUUCUUAAUACGGUUCAUCCAUACCUCCUGACCAGCAGGUAUGGAUGGAUAGGAAAUUCUGCAGUGUGUGCACCUCACAGUCCACACUCAUAAUAAAAAAGCUGUACCUAUAUUUACAUGGCUGAGUUAUCUACAGUUGUACAGUUGAUAUGAAGGAAGAAAUUUAUUAUGGAGACCAAAGGUGUUGUUCAUAUCAGGCUGUAAACAUGCUUAUAUGUAAGGUGAAGUUGGGCAUUUUCACAUGGUUGGCUAAAGGGAUUUUGGCCAUUAGAGGACCUGCAAUUUUUGGCACAUGAACGUUGGCUUCAUUUUUCAGCUCUGUUGGUUGCUACUGUGAUGUAGUAGAUGUUGCAUAUUAUGUUGCAAAUAUGCUUGUAGGUAAGCAUAUUUAUUUCUGCUUUUCAGUUCGGUCAUCUCACAGGCUGUUCAGCUCAUUGUUAUUGUGAGUUAAGACUCAUUGUCCAAGAAAGGAGUCAGGAAAUAUGCAAGGGAAAGUUUUUGUUUAAAAAUCAAUUUAUGUUUUUUUUUAAUGAAAACAAAACAAAAAAAAAAUAAAAUAAAACAAAAUAACGCCAACUCAAAUCCCCGACCUCUCACUUUGGAGCCCCACUGAGCUAAUUGAUUCAGACACUGAGCUGAUUUUGCUGACAUGGGGAAGCAGAGACCACUACUGUAUGUGGAAACAAUGUCAACAUCUGUCUGUUUUUGGUGCAGAUGGGCUACUGCAGCAGAAGAAGACCACACCUGAUGGCACUCCUGUCAGCUAAGAACAGGAAACUGAGGCUAUAUUUCUCACGGGUUCACCAAACGUGGACAACAGAAGAUUGGAAAAAUGUUUCCUGAUCUGAUGAGUCUCGAUUUCUGCUGCAACAUUUGGAUGGUAGGGACAGAAUUUGGUAUAAACAUGAGAAGAUGGAUCCAUCCUUUCUCAGAUCGGUUCAGGCUGGUGAGCAAUCCCUUCAUGACCACAGUGUACCCAUUUACUGAUCGCUGCUUCCAGCAGGAUAACACAAAGCUCAGAUCAUCUCAAACUGGAUUCUUGAACCUGACAAUGAGGUCACUGUACUCAAAUCGGCUCCACAGUCACCAGAUCUCAAUCCAGUAGAGAACCUUUGGGAUGUGGUGGAACAGGAAGUUGUUAGUCGAUCUGCAGCCCAAAAAACUGGAGUGAUGCUAUCAUGUUAAUAUGGACCUAACCCUUAAAAGAAAGCACAGGAGGUUCGAUCAGGUACUAAGAAGGUGUUAGUAUUAGUGUUAGGAGCAGGGUAAGUUACCACAGUGAUGUAGCCAUGUAAACAGACAUCCACCUUCACGAUACUCCAGAAUUUAAGCUCAACAUACUGCAGCCUUCUAACCUAUUACUGUAAUUUCACUUCGCAGUACACCCCUCUGUUUUGACUGGCAAGAUAACAUUGGUGUUUCCUGGGUAACUGUGGCUCUUGUGACUCUUCAUUGUCGUUUUGAAUGCAUUUGAUAACACUGUGUUUAAAUUGGUACCAAAUUCAGGGCUCAACAAAGAAGGCUGUCUGAACAGCACGUUAUCGUCAGUACUUUCACUAUGAUCCUCUCGGAGUUCAUUUUUUUCCUGAAAGUCUAUCAUGUGUCAUUAUUGUUUUACAUUUAAUUUAAUAAGGCCUACCACGCCUAUUAAAAUGUAUUGGUUUUUCAGUGUACUCAGUAACUUCAUUUACUUUUCCUUAUCACGUCAGCAGGGAGUGAAGGUGAUAGCAUUCAAUCUGAACUAAAAUUAGAAGACAGAGGGUGAUCAGUGUUCAGUUUUUUCAGACAGAAUGUUCUCAUCCAAACGAACUCACCGUAACAGAGUUUUAUCAGCGCCUUGAGGUGACUGUUGGGAUUUGGCACUAUACAAAAAAAAUGGAUUUGAUUUGAAUUAAAGCCAAAAACCAUGCUUGCCUUGUACAUAGACUGAUUGUUUUGUAUUUUUUCUCUUUAUUUUUUAUACAGUGGAGAGUAUAUCACUGGCUGAUUGUAAAAUGUAGAGAAAGACCCAUCGUUGUUAAAUUUGUAAGCGUUUGAUCACAACUGUAAACCUGUGAUUCCAUAUGUUUCAUCCAUAAGAGCUUUUUUAUCAUGAA